AUGGCGCCUCAUCUCGGCUCGAGGACAGCACCUGGCCCCGGCGGUUACUCUAUCUAUCUCAUUCCGGAGGGCGAUGAGCUCGAGAGUGUCAUCGGUAUCCAGAAGGCCAUCGGGAUCAAGACCUUCCAGAUCUACGAGGACCAUGUGAGAGGCAAGCCCGGUUACACGGCAAAGUACGGGCCGUACACCAAGCCGGCAGUGUACCCUCCGCGCGGGAUUCUCAUCCUGCCCGACUCAUUGUGCGGCAACAGUUCGGCUGAGAGCGUGCUCCGCAUGGCCACGGCGGUCGCGGAGGCCUACACUGGGGGCCACAUCCGCGUGACCUUCAAGGACACGAACGUUGUGGGCGGCAGCGGCGGCUCGGUGCGCACCGAGAUCAAGGAGAAGGAGUUCGACCACGAGCAGCUCGACACGCUCCGAACCGCGCUCAAGAACCGCCUCUGGGGCAAUUUCGACAACAACAAGAAGAUCCCCACCCCGUACCUUCCGCUGCUCGAGGUCAGCCUCGACGACGGCAAACCGGAGUACGACUACCCAUGGGCGGACGACGGGGGCCUCACCAAGGUCAUGGAAGAGAGCAGCAACACAGCCAAGCGGUACGACGGCGUCGUCCCCGACCUCACGUUGACCAAGGUGCUCGUCGUCGGGAACGGUGAGAUUGGUGUCGCUCCGAUCCCCGCCAAGAAGUAG